UGGUUUAGGGAGGCAGGGCUCUGGGGCACCAGCCAUCCAGCAGCCACAGCCUACCCCUGCCCACAGGGUUCAGGAGCACCUCCGCUGGAGAGCCUGCUGCCUGCCCUGCUGCAACCCUGCCGUCCACCCUGAACCAUGGAGCUGCAGGCAUUCUGGACAGGGCUGGAAUACACCUGCCGGCUCCUGGGCAUUGCCACUGCUACAGUGUUGAUCGGCAUGGGCGCUGAGACCUUCCUCCAGGGGCAGUUCAAAAGCCUGGCUUUCUAUCUACUGUUCACAGGAGCCGCCGUCUUCAUGUGCGAAGGGGCCUUCUUUGUGGCUCAACUGCUGUCCAUCUGCUUCCAGUGUCAGCCAGGGUCCCUGGCCUACAAAGCAAAGGAGAAGGCCCACUGGCUGGGAUGCUUCCAGAAGUUCCUGGCAUACAUGCUGCUGUCUGUGGCCUGCUUCCUCCACCCUGUCCUGGUCUGGCACGUAACAAUCCCAGGCUCCAUGCUCAUCAUCACUGGCCUGGCCUACUUCCUCCUGAGCAAGCAGAAGAGCAAAGCUGCCCCUGAGGCUACAGUCCCCCCAGAGCAGUACACAGACGCCUCCAGCAGCGCCAUGACUACCACCAGCUCUGGGGACACUGAGCAAACCUACACCUUCCAGGGGGCCCUCAGGGAAGGGCCUGGCUCCCUCUUCAUCCACAUGAAGAGCAUCCUGAAGGGGGCCAAGAAGCCCACUGCCGCCCAGCACCCAGAUACCCUGACGGAUCUGACUGUGGAGCCAGUGGGCUCACCAGCCAAGAAGAAAGAGGUGCACUUUGAAGACAGUGCGGUCAGAAUCAUCCCGUCCCUGGAAAGCAUGGAUGAUGGGGACAGUGAGCCAGAGGAGGCCACUGCUGACACCACCCCCAUCAUCCCUCCCCGCCAGGCCCCAAUUUUCCUAUCUUCUCUCACAGACACCAGCUUCUUCUGAGUGGUGUGCUCCAGCUUUAGAGACGCCGGGCCAGGGUUCUGCAUAGACUGGUGCCCCUGCCUAGAGUCUCCUGUCCAGGAGCUCAGGGUCUCCACAGGUCAACUCCGAGGGGUGACCAGACAUCCUCAGAGUGUCUAGGCCUCUGGGGCCAUCAAGGGCUUGCAGGGCAUACAGAGGCCUUGAGGGAGGCACAGAUGGCACUCAGGCUGCCUGAAGCCAGCACAGCUUCCUCCCUUCUGGACACAGAGAACAUGGCUGCCUCAGCCCAGGGAGAAACCACUGGGCUUCUGUGCCUGGCAUGGGCCCAGUACUCAGCAAGAACUCAUGGCCCACCUCUCCUGUGACAUCCAGCUCUGAAGGCCCAUGAUGGUUGGCGACUUAGGCAUCUCAAAGGCAGGUGUUGAAGGUGGCCCUAGGGUCCAACCCCCAACCAAGGACUUCUCAGGAUGGGGAGGUAGGCAAGGCUGCAAAAUCCACACACAUCCCCCAUUCCUCCCACCCUCUGUGGAGCACCACCCUGCAGUGGGCGGCAGUCUGCAGUGCUGGGCAGCAGGAGGAACAGCACCACUCUGUGCUCACCAAGGGAAAGCAGGCCAGAGAAGUGAAACUAGUUCCUGAAGUAUCGCUGAGCCCUCCCUGCAAUACACGGAUUCCUCCCAGAUUCCAAGUAGAUGAUGGAAGCUAAAAGAUCCUGAAUGCCGAUGGCAGUUUUCAGCAGUAAAUGCCUCAGCCCAGGACACAGCAUAGGCAGGGGCCAUGCAGGUGGUGCCCCAGAGACUCACAGCACAGAAAAGUGGCUCCAGCAAGCUUAGCUGUCUGCUAGCAGAAUAAGGCCAAUAAAUAUGUGUGUUCAAAAUGGGAGAGAAGUAAGGGGAAGGAAAGACUGGGAAUAGGAGGAAAGUGGACCAGCAGGCAGCUUUCUGCCACAGGCCUACAGACGUCACAAUUAACCUAGAAUGAACCAAAAAAUUCAAACCAGAUAUUCCUUGGAGGAUUUGCAAUAUAGUUUUUAUUUCUAAAAAGUGUCUUUUGGUCCCUGGGAUUGUUGCCAAGAAGAGCAGACACACUGUUCUUCGUAGGCAAUCUCAGUAAAUGAGAAAUCUAAAGAAACAGUUGCGCUGUUUCCUAGUUGGCCGGGUUUCUGUAGAGAAAGCCUUAGAAAACAUACUUUAGGUCUACAUAAGAAACCUGCUCAUUCUUGUAUACUUUCCAACAUUCCCUGCCAGUUACUUUUGCAAAUGUGUGGGAAUAAUUACCAACCAGAAGCUGGUAUCAAUUUGGUGCCUAAAUGCAGCCAGUGCCCCAAGUAAGCAGACCUCUUUCUGCAGUAUCCCAGUUCUUCUGUCCAACCAAGUGAGAAAACAUAAUCCCAUCCCCCUAAACCCUCAGAGCUGGAAGCAGUGGAGCUAGCUGUUUCUCUAGCUGUCCCCAAGGAGGGACUCCAGGAUCUGAGAGCCACAGUUGGGGCAGAGUAAUUAACAUAGAACUUGGGUUUGGGUAGAUUGGGAUUGCGCUCAAGUCCUACUGGGCCAGAAAUCCCAGGCAGGCCCUGUGCAUAGAAGGCACCCCCAUGGAGAGGAGCCAGGGUCUUGCACUGUCGUGUCAGGGAGAUGUGAUGGGCACACACACCUCACAGCACAAGUGUGGCCGGCCCCUGGGGCACCCAGCACUCCGGCUCUGUUCUCAGGACCCAAGCCAGCAGAGCAGGAUGGACCAAGGAGCAAACCCGGAAGUGUGACGUCAGUGUAGCAGACAGUUGUGUGAGCCAGAGCACAAGAGCAGUUUGGGAUGUGUCUUAGCUGUGAAGGCAAGUCCGGAGUUUCAGGAGACAUGACACGCUUGCCAUCCCAAGACAUCUAGGCUUUCUGAUGCCUGGCAUCAGUUUGCAGGGUUUGAAGCAUUAGGGGCUUGGGAUAUGAUCCUAAAUUAGCAAAGUAAAGCUCUAAAACACUCUUAUUGCUGGGGAAAAAAAACGAAGCUGAGCUGAAAUUAAACAGACCAGGACUGUCACCCCUGUUAGUGUACCAGGCAAAAAAUUGGCAGCUCCUGUUGUCCAAGGUCAUGUUCCAUCUGAGCCGCAGCCCACCAUGCUCUACAGACACAUGGUUACCCACCCUCAUCCCUGCAGAAAGACUAUAAGGGCCAGCAUCCUACCCCUUCUCAGCAGAAAAUGUCCCAUAGUCUUUAGACAUGGGACAGCCCACUUGGAAGCAGGAAGAGCACUGGGCUGCGAUCAUUAAGUCUGUUGGUAAUACACUGAUUGAUCUUAGCCAACCCCCUUCUCCCCUCUGGUCUCAGGUUCCCCCAUUAAAUGGGAAUAAUGCACUUCUCUCAGGAUGAGGCAAUGACUCAAAGAGGGAGUUAGGGAAAGGGCUUUUGAAAUUGCAAAUCACCCAGGUCAGGUCGAGGGCACAUUCCUGUCACUGUGGGGUGUCACAGUGAAGAAGCCCCAGAGUGAGCAGGCACUGAGAAGACACCACCAAGAUUUGUUUCUGGGACAUGGCCAGUGCAGAUCCAAAAGCUCCAUGCUCAACUCCAGAUUCUAGUGCUUGAGCCUGCGGAGGGUUCACAGAGAGCCACAGUGGACCCCCAACAUGAAAAGCCAUGCCCUAGGGGUCACCCAGUAUGUCUUUUCAGUCUCCCAUCAGUCUUAAGGGUUUUUUUUUUUAUUUUUUAAAAAUAUUUGUUUAGUUGUAAUUCACAUACCAUAAAAUUCACCCACUUAAAGUACACAAUUCAAUGGUUCCUAGUGUAUUCAUAACCAAGGUCACCAUAAUCUAAGUUCACAACAGUAUCACCACCCCCCUCACUAGGGAUACCCCUUAACAAUCACUCUCCAACCACCCCCACCCUAAACCACUGAUCUACUUUCUGUCUUUAUUCUUUUCUGGACAUUUCGUAUAAAUGGAAUCACAU